AUGCACUGCCGCCUUGUAGAUCACAGCCUCGCUGGAAACGUGCCUGCCUUCUUAGCAUCCUUAAUGCCUCCUCCUGCCUUCGCUCCCUCCUGCCCGGGUCCCAGGUCCGCAGCCCUUUGUCCCUACUGGCUUCAGCCUUCAUCUCUCCCGUGUCCCCUCCCGCUGCUGGCGGCGUCCCCACAGAGAGUGCUCGGUGCUGGGGAGGGAGGGGGGAGAGCGCGCGCGUCCCGAAGCCCUGCAUCUAGGCUGGGCCCCCGGGCCUCCGGCUCCAUCGUCGAUGUCUCAAUGCUGCCCUCUGCUGGGCUGUGGCGGCGCUGGCAACGCCCCGAGCGGAAAGGCGCGGCCACCCUGCGGUUAACCGAGAGGGUUCACUUCUGUUAA